AUGCAGCUCUAGAGACAGUCUUACCAGAACACUAGAGAAUCUAAAGAUAGCAAGAAUGCCUUCACAGUUAAAUACAUAAGGGAUGUGAGCAGACUGCUAUUUACAGAAAACUUGCUCAAUAAGCUUGAAAAGCAGGAAUAGCAAAAGGAUUAACUAUAGCAUUAAAAUCCUCAUUAGAGAUGUCUGAAUAACACUUCAAUAGAAAAUGGAGAAUGGGGAUUUGCUAAGCCAAUGACUAGCAUCAAGAAAAAUAGAAGGCAUUUACAUCUAAAUAGAAGUUAUCAUUUCUAAAAUAGCGAUAUUUUUGAUGUAGCUUAGAAAAAGAUAACAAUCAGGGAUAAACUAUCCUAAAGAUAGCAAGAAAUGAAAAGACCUUAAACACAGUUUACUAUUAAUAAAGAUUAAUCAGGACUAUCAAUCGUAUCUAAUAUCAAUCCUGAAGUUUAUGCAGAUGCUAGGAAGGGUUCCAAUGAAAAACAUGCAAGGAAAGGUUCAACUUGCCAUAGUAAGAAUUCUAGUACCAUAUUUUCAAAGACUUCAGCAACUCCAAUUACGAAAGCAGUUUCUAAAAAGGAUAACAGUCCAUACCAAGCUUAUAUAAAUAAUGGAAACCAUGAUACUAGCACAAUCGUUUAUGACUAAUACGAAGUUGAAGGGACCAUUUCUGGUACAGAUUAUCCAAUGACUAAAGUUGGCUCUAUAGAUCAGGAUUAUGCAGUUUUAAAUGAUUAUAAGUAAAGAAUUUUCUCAAUUAAAGCUAGUAUUAGGGCUUAAAUGAUAAGUUUAGCAUAAAAAAUAAAGCUUAACUAAGAAAAGGCUUGA